UCACAUCACAGUUGGAGGUCGGAGUUCAUGUCACGGGUCUGGUGAAGUCGUUUUAAAAAGACUUCCCACUUUCACUAAUAGAUAAAAUGGCAUCACCACGUACCAAACGCAAGUUGAACUCAAUCCGCAACCUCGACGAGAACCAUAAAUGCUUUGAGUGCGGAACUCUGAAUCCUCAAUGGGUGUCAGUGACGUACGGAGUCUGGAUAUGCUUGGAGUGCUCGGGCGUGCAUCGAAGCCUCGGUGUUCACCUGUCAUUCGUUCGCUCCGUCACUAUGGACAAGUGGAAGGACGUGGAACUUGAGAAAAUGAUGGUCGGAGGCAACGCGAAGGCCCGCGAGUUCUUCGAGAGUCAACCGGACAUCAGUUCUGGGAUGACUAUACCACAGAAGUACAAUACCAAGGCCGCUGCGAUGUACCGCCAAAAGAUCGCGGCUUUAGCUGAGGGCCGCCCAUGGAGUCCAUCGGAUUACAAGCCCGAGACGAUCGAGAAGCCUCAGGAGUGGCUCCAGUCUCGCGAUUUCUACUCUUCGGACAACACGCUGCCGACAAGCGGAUCUGAUAACAACAUUAGCUACCACAGCGAGUAUGGAAGCGGCCGCUACACCGGCUUCGGUAACUCCCCAAAGCAAUCGCACUCGACUCCGAUGUCGCCGAUGCACAGCGGGAGCGAGGUCGUCGACAACACGCUCGCGACUCUCGCUUCGGGGUGGUCAUUAUUCGCGUCUUCUGUCAGUAAAGCAGCUAAGACGGCCACCGAUCACGCCGUUCGUUAUGGAGGUAUUGCGACGCAGAAGGUCUCUGAAAUGGCCACAACCGUCACGGAGAAGGUUAAUAAUCGCGGCGGUUGGAGUUCGCUGGGCGGCAAUACUGAUGUGCGCCGCGCCAGCAACUAUGGCUCGUAUCAGUCGCAGAGCUACGGGGCUAUGAAGAGCUCGACUUCGGAGCCGUAUUCACAGUGGAACGAGCAGACCCAGCCAUGGCAGGACUCUGUGGCCACGCGCAACAACUUGGACACCCGCGAUCUGUCCCAAGUGGGUGUUUCCAGCCCCCCGCCAGACAUCAAGAGUCUCACGAUCAAGAAGAAGCGUCGCGACGACGACUCUUGGGAUUGGCUCAACAACUAAACGUUUCAGAUGCCAAAACGGAGGUCUUUACUUCAGCUGCAAAUAAAAAAAAAAACGAUAGUAAUGAUAUCUCUUUAACUAAGGUCUGCCUCGCGACCGCUCCCCAAUACGAAGACCGACCUAACAAACUUUUUGCUGUAAAUACUAUAUAAUAUUUAAAUAUUUAUCUAAUAAGUAUAUAACUGUAUCUAUCUAUGGCUUUAAAUGGUAUUUUCGCGAAACUUUACUACGUUCUUCUAUUCUAUUCUUUAUUUAUAUAUAACAUUAUUUUGUUGACCUAUUAUAAAGCUAGUUUUCUACAUUCGGAUUUGUCAACGUUUGGAUGUCGUAUUAUAAGGGAAUCCCAAAUUAUUAUGGUUUACAAUAUUGAGAAAAAAAAAAGUUAUAUGUAUAAUUUUAACAAGUUCCCCAUUCUGAAGACAGUGAAUCAGUUGCAACAAGAUUAUAUUGAAGUAAUUCCAAUAAUACUAAAGAUUGAGAUGAGAUUCCGAGAAUUGUAAAUAUGUAAAUGACCGAUUCAGGCGAUUAUAUCUAGAAGAGUGUUUUUAAAUGAAAUAAUUUGACUAACAAAUUUUUAUGAUAUGCCCAUAUUGUCUUAAGCAGAUAUGGGUAGUGACAUUCAUGUUGUUCUAUCUAUGGGCUUGGGUAAAGGCUUAUCAUCGGGUGGGCGGUGGGGUUUCCUGCCCUUCUAGCUAAUUAAGAAAACGACUGCCCUCCUUAUAAACUAACAAAAAAAGAAAAAUAUAGUCGAAGUCACUUGAGAUUAUGUAAGUAAGGAUUCUAGCGUACAUUUUACACCAUACGUCCAAAUCUGUUUAGUCAUUUAAAAGCUAUUACGGAAUAAAGUUACUCCUAUACGUAUGUACAUGAUCCUUGAA